AUGGGACCUACAAAGGGCUCUCGUGCCGCAAAAUCCGCUGCAGCAGCUGCGCAAUCUCUACCCACCAAGACCUUCAUCAUCGACAAUGGCGCAUAUACUAUGAAAGCGGGCUACGCACCCUCCAACGUUGAAGACUCCCCAUCCGAUCCCCUGGCGCCCUGUCUGAUGAUCCCAAAUGCGUUGGUCAAGACCCGUGAUAAGCGCGUUUACACCGGUCCUCAACUAAAUACUCACGUCACAGACUGGAACGAGGCCGCUUUCCGCCGCCCAGUGGAGAAAGGAUAUAUUGUGAAUUGGGAGGCUCAGAGGGAGAUAUGGGAUCAUAGUUUUUUCGACGAGAAGAUUCCGCGGAGGCCGGAAGUGAGAUGUACGGACCCUGGGGAUACGACGUUGAUAUUAACGGAGGCGCCGAAUGCGAUGGCCGCACUGCAGAAGAAUGCGGAUGAGAUGGUCAUGGAGGAAUGGGGAUUCGGAGGUUAUUUAAGAUGUAUUGGCCCGACGUUGAAUGCAUGGAACGACAUCCAUUCUCUGUUCGGUGACCCAGUUGUUCAAAAUGCCAACUCCCAUCCUUCCCCAGUCGAAUGUCUACUGGUUAUCGACUCCGGCUAUUCCCAUACAACCAUUACACCGGUAUAUCGAGGGCGACCUUUGCACCGAGCCAUACGCAGAUUGGAAAUUGGCGGGAAGUUUCUUACCAAUUACCUAAAAGAACUUAUAACUAUCCGCCAAUACGAGGUGCUGGACGAAACCUAUGUUAUAAACGAGGUUAAGGAAGCAGUGUGCUACGUUAGCCAUGACUUUGCAGGCGAUAUCGAAAAGACAAAACGAGGUAACAAGAAAGGAGCUGCUGAUGGCGUGGUUGAUGGAAUAGUGGUAGACUACGUUCUCCCAGAUCCAAACAUCGGCAAGAAGGGGUUCAUGCGGCCACACGAUCCUCUCCUCGCGGCGAAGAAACGAAAAGAACUUCUAUCAGGGCCCCGACCUUCUGCUACUGAAGAUCUUCUUGUUCUUGGGAAUGAACGCUUCGUUGUCCCUGAACUUUUAUUCCACCCUGAUGACAUCGGCAUGAAGCAACCGGGAAUCCCGGAAAUUGUUAUGCAAAGCCUAUCAACGCUACCUACAGCUCUCCACCCAGCUUUUCUCGCAAACGUUUUCGUGGUCGGUGGGAACGCUCUAAUACCCGGGAUGGUUGAAAGACUAGAGUCCGAUUUACGACAGUUGGCUUCGGCCGAGUGCAUUGUCCGCGUCAGGAAACCAGUAGAUCCCCUCCGGUCGGCAUGGCGAGGAGCUACUCAACUUGCCAGCAACCGAGACGUGCUGAAAGAAGUUGCGAUUACGCGACAGCAAUACCAGGAAUACGGUUCUGGCUGGACUGGGAGGAAAUUUUCCGGUGCAGCCUAA